AUGUUCGGUGGUAUUGAUUCGGAACGGGACCUUGAAAAGGCUCCCCAGGUGGCCAAGGCGCCUAUGGAUGACAGCAGCGAUGGCGCUGUCCCUGGGGAAAGCUUCAUGUACGGCAACUCGGUCUACGCAAAGCUUCAGCGGCUGGCUGGAAAGUUCAACAUUGAACAACGAGGUGUCGAGCGUGUCCCCGAGAACGAACGGACGGAUACCUCGUACUUCAACAUCAGCAGCAUGUGGCUGGCAGCCAACAUGGUGGUUAGUUCGUUCGCUAUCGGUAUCUUGGGACCUGAGAGCUUCGGGCUUGGCUUCGUUGACUCCAUCCUCGUCUGCCUUUUCUUCAACCUGAUCGGUGUCUUGACUGUCUGCUGGUUCUCUUGCUUCGGUCCCGCUUUUGGUCUCCGUCAGAUGGUUCUAUCCAGAUUCUGGUUUGGGUACUGGCCAACAAGAUUCAUCGCUCUUCUGAAUGUCUUGUCCUGCCUGGGUUGGUCUGCGGCCAACUCUAUUGUCGGCGCCCAGUUGCUCAAUGCCGUCAACAGCGACGUUCCUGGUUUUGCAGGCAUUUUGAUCAUCGCCGUCUGCACACUCUUCGUUACUUUCGCUGGAUACAAGGUCGUUCACUUGUAUGAGUUCUACAGCUGGAUCCCAACCUUCAUCGUCUUCAUGAUUGUCUUCGGCAUGUUUGCUCACUCUGGGGAUUUCUGGAACAUUCCCAUGGGGACCGGGGCCGCUGAGAUCGGCUCUGUCCUGUCCUAUGGUGCAACCGUCUAUGGUUUUGCUACGGGAUGGACCAGUUAUGCCGCUGAUUAUACCGUUUAUCAGCCCUCGGACCGCAGUCGCCGCAAGGUUUUCCUGGCUGCUUUUGGUGGCUUGAUCCCUCCUCUCCUCUUUACUCAGUUCCUGGGCAUCGCUGUCGCCACUGCGGCCAUGGUUAACGAUGGAAAUAACAAGUACGCAACUGGUUAUGCUCAAUCUGGAAACGGAGGCAUCAUCUGGGCUAUUGUGGAACCUCUCGGCGGAUUCGGCAAGUUCUGUCUGGUUAUCCUCGCCCUCUCCAUUAUCGCCAACAACUGCCCCAAUAUCUACUCCGUUUCUCUCACGCUUCAGGUCUUGAGUCACCAGACUCAGAGAGUUCCUCGUUUUAUCUGGGUGUUCCUGGCCUCGUGCGUCUCUGUUGCCGUUGCUAUCCCUGGAUACUCGCACUUCGAGGAAGUUCUCGAGAACCUGAUGGACUUCAUCGCCUAUUGGCUGGCUAUCUAUUCCGGUAUCGCUAUCGCUGACCACUUCAUUGUUCGCCGUGGCUUUGGUGGAUACCGUCCCGAGCACUACGACAAGCCCGAGAAGCUUCCUUACGGCUUCGCGGCUUGCAUCUCUUUCGCCUUCGGCGUCGUCGGCAUGAUCACCGGUAUGAGUGAGACCUGCCGCGCCGACUGGGCCGACGACGAGGAGUUUGACGACCCCUCCGCCCUCCCCGCACAGCAGAUCACGACGAACAAAGAUGGCACCAAGACCGUGGUCUCGUACCGCUUCAACGACGAGGGCAAGAAAGUGAAGGUCACCCGCCGCAUCAAGACCACCGUGGUGCGGGAACACGUCAACCCCCAGGUCGCCGAGCGCCGCAGCUGGGCCAAGUUCGGCCUGGAGAAGGGCCACGCCCCGGGCCCCUCCUUCGACACCACCUCCGUGGGUGAGAACAUCGCCUUCCGCCCCAGCAUCAACUGGAAGAUCCAGGCCCAGGAGGAGGAGAAGAACCCGGAGAAGGGCAGCAUGAAGGACCAGCUCAGGGACAAGAAGGUCAAGUGCCGUAUCUGCAGCGGCGAGCACUUCACCGCGCGCUGUCCCUUCAAGGACACCAUGGCCCCCGUCGACGAGCCCGCCGGCGGUGCCGGUGGCGUCGAGGGCGGCGCCGACGAGGGGGCCGCCGCCGCCGGCGGCCUGGGCGCGACCUCCGGCAGCUACGUGCCUCCUCAUCUACGGAAGGGUGCCGCCGGCGGCGGCGAGCGCAUGGCUGGCAAGUUCGAGAAGGACGAUCUGGCGACUUUGAGAGUUACGAACGUCAGCGAGUUGGCAGAGGAAGGCGAGUUGCGGGAUCUGUUCGAACGCUUCGGUCGUGUCACCAGAGUCUUCCUGGCCAGAGACCGGGAGACCCAGAGAGCCAAGGGUUUCGCCUUCAUCAGCUUCGCGGACCGCAGCGAUGCUGCCCGUGCCUGCGAGAAAAUGGAUGGCUUCGGUUACCGCCACCUUAUUCUGCGCGUCGAGUUCGCCAAGCGGGCUACUUAG